AUGUCCUCCGGGCAAUCUCUGCACAUGAAUAGGGGAGAGGGAGAAGCGAGCUAUGCUCGGAACUCUACCACUCAGAAUGCAGGGCAAAACAGGAUGAAGCAUUUGAUACAGGAGGCUAUCACAAACUUGUGGAAAAAUACAAACACCCACAAAAACAUAGUCAUCGCUGAUUUGGGAUGCUCAGCUGGACCGAAUGCACUGACCCUUGUUAAAACUGCAGUUGAUGCAAUAUUUCACCAUUGCUCAGAUCAUAAGGAAAUAGCAUCGGAGAUAUCAGUGCUGCUGAAUGAUCUCCCGGAUAAUGACUUCAACGACGUCGCAAAGAGGUUGUAUGCAUUCCAGCAAAGCACACAGGAUUGUGGUCCAGCUGUUACUGCUAUUGUACCUGGAUCAUUCUACAAGAAACUCUUCACCAGUAAUUCCGUGAAUCUAGUUUUAUCAUCACAUAGCUUGAAUUGGCUAUCUCAGGUACCUGAGGAUCUAAAGAAAAGCAGGAUCCCUGUGUAUGACAAAGACGAGGGUCUCAGGCAAGCAAGGCGGCCCUUCGUUGUUCAGGCUUUUAGCCAACAAUUCAGAAAGGAUUUCGCAAUUUUCUUGAACACACGGGCUAAAGAAUUAGUCCCUAAUGGUCAAUGGUGCUUUCCAUGGUAG